AUAGCGUACUUUGUUUACAAAACUACAAGCAACCUUUAACGCUUGUACCUGAUAUACACACGAAUCUCAAUCGUUGGAAAAUAAGCAUCAUGAACAAUCAUUAUCAUUAUUUGGUAGGUUGGUUUUCUGAUAAACCAUCAGUUAGCUUAAAGAACAUCAGAACUACAUAUAAUACAAAAUUAAAGCCUCUACUCAUAAGGUAAGCUACUAAGUGUCUGUCGUCCUAAUGGCUAAUACUGAAUGAUAACUGUUUUUUUCUUGCAUUUACUUUUGUUUAUUGUUGUCUAUUGUUUCCUCCUUUUAAUUGCAGGUGCAAUAGAAUAGAAUAUAUAAUAAAAUCAAAAUGGAUGAUCCUCUCCUGCCUGUAGGCCCAUCGAAAUAUGUCAAAUAUGACAGCACAGAAACAUUCGUUACUGAGAUAACCGACGGAGGCUUUGAAGAACUUCGACCAUCGUCUAAUGACACAAACAAUCUCGGUUACCGUAUAGGACGACGACGAGAUUUGCUGACAAAAAGAAAGCGUAUAGCUGAAGUGAGUUUUGUGUUAGGAGUAAUAGGGAUUUUAUUAGUUAUCAUUGAUACAGAACUUGUGCUAGCAGGGAAAAUUGGAGCCGAAUCAUCUGCUUCUAAUGCGAUACGUGUAGUUACUUCGAUUUCUACUAUUUUUUUGUUAAUUAGCAUCAUUGCGUAUCAUGCUACUGGACAACGACUAUUUAAAGCUAGUGCCGGGUUUGAAGACUGGCGUCUUGGCAUGACAGCUACAAAAUGGCUAAGAUUAAGUAUUGAACUUUUGAUUUGUUUUAUUCACCCACUGCCUUUUCUUCACCUUUUCAUACCGACCCCCAAUAUGGGAAGUAGCAUUCUAACAUCAAAGAGCCUACCAACUAACGCUAUAUUGACGAUACUAAUGUUUCUUAGAUUGUAUCUCUUCGGGCGCUUCGUGGUCCUACAUAACAAUCUCUUCUAUGCCAGUUCCGUACAAAGUAUGGGUGCUUUGAGCCGUGUAAAGAUCAAUGCUAGUUUUGUUUUCAAGGCUUUACUGUCAUCGACUCCGUGUGUUGUUCUGGGGACUGUGAUGGUGAGUACGAUUGUAAUCAAUUCCUGGAACAUCAGACUAUGUGAAGUAUACGCUGACCCCAAUAGUAAACUUGGUGAAUUUACUCAGGCGAUUUGGUUAACUACGGUUACGUUUCUGACGGUCGGAUAUGGUGACAUAAUUCCACACAGCUUCUGUGGUCGUAUAAUUGCCUUAUUAUCUGGAUUAAUGGGGGUUGGUAUUGUGGCCCUUGCCGUCGCUGUACUUGCACAUAACCUGGAACAAUCGCGCUCUGAAAAAUACAUCCAUACAUUUGUACAGCAAUUGGCACUAGAUAAAUGCGCGAAAAACGCUGCGUCCGAUGUUGUCAAACAAACUGUUCGAAUAUGGCUUCUUAAGAAAAAUGGUCACUAUAAAGGUAAAACUUUAUUAAAACAUCAAAGUAAACUACUACGAGCUAAACGGAAAAUGCAGGAGGCUAAAUUUACAAAAAGCCACCUAUCGGAAGGUAUGAUCGGUCCAGUAGAGUUAUCUUCUGAACUCAACAACAUGUGCGAUGUAGUCACAUCAGUCAAAGAAGAUCAAAAAGGUUUUGAACAAAGAAUAGCUAAUUUAGAGAAUCUGGUAGUGAAUAUGAGCCGCCAAUUACAUGAUGUACGGGAUAUGUUAAAUAAUAAGAAAUGUAGAUCUAUUAAAGAAUAGGAAAUGGUGAUCUUUUCAAUAAAUACCAUUUUUAGAAUUUAUAUAAACUGAAAAAGAAAGUGAUAAAAUGCUCUUUUAGAGUGAACUGAAAUUUUGUACUUGAGAGCAUAGCUUCAUCCGCGGCUGCAUUCGGUUUGUACAGGGAAAUUCGAUGAAGCUAUUGGCCUUGACACGUAUUCUCGAAACGAUCUUAGCGCUAGGAUGUCCUAGAAUCAAUGUCAGAAGAUAGGAACCUAGGACAUCCAAUCGCUAAGAUCGUUUCGAGAAUACGUGGCCUGAUGCUCAGAGAAAGUCGUUGUUGUUGAAAUAUUUUUAUUACAUAUGAAAACUAUACAGCUGAAAUGAAGUUCAAUAGUUUUAAAAAUUUGUAUUUCAAACUGUACAAAUUUGUAGGAAGAGUUAUUAAAGAAAAAAUCGUUGAUUUAACAUUCUUUAAUAAGUUGAACCAGUAAGUAUAUCUGUAAUUAUAUUCAAUAUAUGUAUAUAAAGAAUACUGGAUCAUUCUAAAUCAAACAUGUGAUAUUUGUUUAAAUAUUUAAAUGUUUUUUUGCUUUGUUUAAUUGUUUUCUUGUGUUGAAUUUCAAAUGAAUACACAAUUAAUGUUCUAUAUUUAAAACUCUUUGUUUAAUACAGAGAUCUAUCUAUC